AUGAAGGUGGAAGGCAAAACAAGGACACAAACAAACUGCCCCAGGAUAUUGCGCUGCGCCUGGGCGCACGGCGGCCGCGGCCGGAUGGAGCGCUUGGUCCGUGUUCCCUACAGCUUGUACCCGGGCUAUGGGAACACGCUGCCUUUGGGCCAGCCUGGACUUUCUGAGCACAAACAGCCCGACUGGAGGCACAACAACGGUCCCCCCGCUUUCCUGGCCAGGCCGGGGCUGCUGGUGCCCUCCAACGCCUCCGACUACUGCGUGGACCCUUACAGGAGGGCCCAGCUUAAGGCCAUUCUCUCCCAAAUGAACCCCAGCCUGAGCCUGCGUCUGUGCAAGGCCGACACCAAGGAGGUGGGCGUGCAGGUGAGCCCCCGGGUGGACAAGUCCGUGCAGUGCUCACUGGGGCCUCGCACCUUGCACAGCCGCUCCCUCUGGGGCAGCACGGGGCACAAGGCGCCCCUGUCAGCCUGGGGAGUCUAUUCGCCAGUGAUGGGCCGCAGGGGCCUGGUGCGCCUUCAGAAGGAUGGGGAAGACGAGGAGAGGAAGGCGCUUUCGGGUCCUCCCGAGGCCAGCCAGCCGCCGCCGCCGCCACCACCAACACCAAGGUCGGAAGAGGACCAGCGGGAGGAACUCCGGCAACAGGAGGAGUUGGGGGAGGAAGAUGCCUCAAGUCCUCGGGAAAGGAAGAACAAGCAAGCUCAGGGAGACGCCAGCGAGCCGCUGCGGAAGCCCAACUUCCAGUUUUUAGAACCAAAAUAUGGCUAUUUUCACUGUAAAGAUUGUAAGACGAGAUGGGAGAGUGCUUAUGUGUGGUGCAUUUCUGGAACUAAUAAGGUUUAUUUCAAACAACUCUGUUGCAAAUGCCAAAAGAGUUUUAACCCUUAUCGAGUAGAAGCAAUCCAAUGCCAGACCUGUUCAAAGUCUCGUUGUUCCUGUCUUCAAAAGAAAAGACACAUUGAUCUAAGGAGGCCUCAUCGGCAGGAGCUGUGUGGCCGCUGCAAAGACAAGAGAUUCUCCUGUGGCAAUAUUUACAGCUUUAAAUGCAUCAUGUGA